AUGAUUCCAACCACUGCUCUCUGUUUCCAACAAAUAAUCGAUGAGUCGAACUACAUUCUUACCGAACUGACCAAUGUCAGACACCCAGGGAAUACGGAUUGUUAUGGAAUUCUCAAAAGGAAGGAAGUCCCGAUUUCAUGCUUCGAACGGGAUACAAUUCAGAUUGAAAAUCGAUUCGAGACGGGAUAUGAAUCAAGAGAUCAUCCGAUCUCUUUCGGUAUUUCGGACGAAAAUCAAUACACUAACAAGUUCGAACCAGCAACCAAACGAAUGAAGCUAGAGGACUCCUCAGUUGAUCAAGAGACGCCAGUUGGCUCAUGCAGUUUGCCAGAACGUGGAGUUACUAAAGAAUUCAACAACGAUGUUCUCAAUUUCAAUCGUCCGUUGCCCUCCUCAUCACCCGAAAUCGCAUUCUCUUCCGUCUCGUCUUCUCUCUCACCACCAACAUCAACCCAAUCUCAUUCAAUGUCAACCGAACAAGCUCAGCAACUUCUGAACACAACAAUCUCUUAUAAGAUCAACUUGAAUACCAAGGAAAUUGCCAGUCAAAUGAGAGAGUGGUUCACACUUGCGAUCUGUUCCCAGGCAUUCUUCGCUGCACAUGUUCUUGGCGUUGCUCGGAACCGUUUUCAUAGAGUUCUCACCGUUCCACCACCAUUCAGUUCCAUGAAGACUGGAAAGGAAUUGUAUAUAAAAAUGUACAAUUGGUUGAAACUGUCGGAAGAUGUGAAAAAGGAAAUCUUGUCGGUAUCUGGGACAAACUCAAUAAAGUUUGCUCAAGUUUCAGAAAACGAAGAGGAAGAGUACGAGUGUCCAAAAGAGAUCUCCCGGAAACGAAAAGCUUCAUUCCAUUCGGAGACAUCAUUGUCUUCUGACUCAUUCCUCGAUUCAUCGAUCACUGACGAGACAUUCAAUGCCUUUAUCAACAAGCCAGUCAAUUAUGUUAACACCAAAAAGAUCUCGAUGUUGAUCAAGGAUUGGCUCGAGGAAACUCAAGCGACUCAGGAGUGGUUUGCCACCAAGAUCUUGGAAAGAUGCAGAAGGACACUCAGUCAAUGUUUGAAUAAUCCAAAGGACUGGAAAAACUUGAGUCAAAAGAGAGAAAUCUACGUGAAGAUGUACAAUUGGAUGUGUCUGAGAGAGGAACAGAGACUUGAGAUUAUGAGAGUUUACAAGGCGCCAAACAUGGAUUCCCAAUAA